GCCGAUAAUGCAAAAGGGGAAGUGCCAAAAAAAGCGAGUUAAGUGAGAGCAAAUCUAAAAGAAAGCAUCAUCAUCAUCAGAUCGCGGAUACUGCCGGUGGGGUCACCAAUUAAUCAAGCCCAAUGAUAGCGAUUAGCGAUAACUCGCUGGGGCGGCGAUUAAUGCGUCUGCAGGUAGCAUUUCUCCUGAUCGGUCUUUGGGAUUCUUCAAAAGCUUUAACAGUCGACAAUCAACUGGUAUCAGCGCGAAAUGACUGCUUCGAGCGGAUUGCAUUGGAGGCGAUGCUGCCAUUUGAGAAGACCUUCCGCACCGAAGACACCAACUCGCUGAAGAUGUGCAAGGAGAAGUGCCUGCAGGCGGGCGAGAAGUGUCAGGCCAUCUCGUUCGGUGUUCAUCGACGCGGAAACGGCACUUGUCAAUUGUCAUCGGAGCAGUACGGUUCGGGGGGCGGUGGGCGUCCGGGGGGCGUGAUUUUCGAUCCCGACUUUGAUCUGUACACGCGCAAAACUAACUGCUUCGACUUGAGCGACAAUUCGAUUGCCCCCGGUCCAUUGCCCGUCCCAGGCCCCAGUCCCAUUUCACCCGGUCCAACGCCACUGGAUCUACCAAAUAGACCUUUGGAUGUAGGGAAUACCCCAGUGCUGGUGGUGAACCCAACGCCGCAUACUUCUGGUAGUCCACCUCCACCGCUUGGUCCUUCUCUACCGCCACCUGGUGUGGGGGAUCGCCUGUACUUCUCUCAUGAUCUAUAUCCACUGUACAAGUACCCAACGCUCUACGAGAACAACUAUCCGUCGCCCAAUGAGGAAGCCUACAUACCCGGUGGCUAUGCAGCCAAUGCACAGGAGGUGGAUGAGCGAUAUAGACCCCACUAUGGACCCGUAGAUCACGCAGAAGAUGAAGGCCCAAGGCCCACGCCUCACAGCCCACCGAGGCCCAUCUUUGGAUUGGGCUAUGGAAAUGGUUAUAGCUAUGGAUCUCCGGAGAGAUAUACCCCGCCUACGAUGAGACCAUCAAGUGGUUCCUCGGAGGAGCGUCCAAGUUAUGGAGGAAGGCCACCUCGUCCCACUGCUGAUCGUCCGGAUUACUCACCUGGUCCACCACGUCCCACGGACGAUCGCCCGGAGUAUCCUCCACGUCCCUAUGAUAGUUCCACGCCGUCUUCCUAUGGACCACGACCAAGUCCUAGCUAUGAUGGACAUCGUGAGCCGAGACCUGAUUACACUAAUAGACCAGAUCCACCAGCUUUGUCUCCGCAUGAUAGUUAUGGUAUGAAUGGUCCAUCGGCACGACCACCUCCGCCUUACGAAGGACCAUCUCCACCGCGUGAUGAAUAUGUCCGCAGGAAUGGCAGUGCCAUGAGACCAGGAGAUGGAUAUGGUGGCUACGAUGAUGACAAGACCAUUGCCACGUACUUUAAUCCUGAUGAUUUUAUGCAAGGAAGCAAACGACCUAUGCCUGGGGAUAGAGAUCGGGACAGGGAUCGAGAUCACGAUCGACUUGGUUACCCCAUGGACGAACUAAAGGCCUGCUUCCGCCGUGUCCUGGCUGGUAAAAGGAUUGCUCCUCAUUUCGUGCGACGUUCCAUAUCCUGCGAGCGGGUGGAGGAGUGCAUGCGGGAGUGUGGACGAGAGCGACGCUUCAUGUGCGAAGGUUUUAACUACAGGCUGGAUCCCUCGGGUCAUGGUCAGGGCGAUUGUGAGCUGGUCGAGAUGCCGCUGGCCCAGAUGGAUCUGUACUCCAGCCCAGAUCGAAGGGAUGCCAAUCUGCUGAGACAUCCAGACUACGACUACUACGAAAGGGAUCGCAAUGCGCCGAGCAGCUGUCGCCGAAGUGCUUGCCAGGAUUGCUCUAAAGGUCCGGUGAGCAGUCAGCCUGUUUACUUCAAGCCCAGUGGCGGUGCUGGUGGAUAUGGAGAUCGGGAUCGCGAUCGGGAUAGGGAUCACUAUCGUCCACCGAGCAGCACUGCCGUGGAUCAUUAUCGGGGUCCAUCAGGUCCCCCGGGCGGCUCCUACGAACAUAGACCGCCCUUCUCCUCCGAGUUCCAUGGCUCGCAUAGCUCAUCCUCCUCCGCAUCUUCCUAUGAAUUUUCCUCGCAUGGUUCGGGCUCCAGUUCUGGUUCCAGUUCCGGCUACUUUGGUCACACACCACCCAGCAGUUAUGGAAGUGAUCAUCCGUACGUAGAUCGCCAUGAUCCGCCACAUUAUCGUCCCGGAAGACCUGAUCGUUGGGAAACUUUGCCGAGCAGCUCUGGUUACGAUAGCUCCGCCUACAGACCGCCACGACCGGAAACGGAUCGCAUUGACAAGUAUCGUCCACCCUAUCGUCCUGGUUCGGAUUACUCACCCUAUCGACCACCAAGUCGUCCGGCUAACAACUACCUCGAUCGCGAUGGUCCCGCACCUCCAGGUCCUCCUGGUUCCUACAAGAAGCCCAAUAAGUUUGUUCCCUACCUGAUUGGUGGCGAGGACAAUUGGGGACACUACGGAGGUAGUUAUGGCGGCAGCAGUAAGCACUCCUCCUCCUCAUCCUCUUCUUACUGGGGUCUAACUGAGUCCCAGAGGCGCAAAGAUCAGCAUGACUUUAACUACUUCCAACUGGGUGGGCCACAUCGCGAUUCCAACUCUGUGCACAGUUAUCCUGGUUCUGGUUACGAUGAGGACUACCCUAGACGACGCAACGAUUACCGACAGCAGUGGACGCGACGACCAGGACAAGAUGAAUGCUCUGCCAAAACUAGCGAGGGAUUCCGACUGCACAAAACGGCAGUAAAGCACGCCUAUAACGUACCUACUCUGACGGAGUGCGAACGCCUGUGCUCGGAUCAGCGUCCCAGUUUCAUCUGCCACACCUACAGCUAUAGGUACAACCAGGCCGGAAGGGAUAACUGCAUGCUGUGUGAUCGACCCAUCAACAUGCUCGACUACUAUGUGGACAUCGAACCGGAUCGAGACUAUGACAUUUACUCCAUGGCUGACGACAUGGAUGUGUGCCGGCAACCACCACCAAGACGACAUGAUACCGCCGGUCCUAGCACUGCUCUCUCAGAUCCGAGAAAUGCUCAGUGCUUCUUCCGUGCAAUCGAUGCCACGAGGUUCUUCAAGUCCAUUGUCCGUGACUCACUGACCGUGCGAUCUGUGGGCGAAUGCGAGAUGGAGUGCAUCCGGUCCACGAAGUUCACCUGCCGUGCCUUUGCCUUCCGAUAUGGCCAGCAGCGUCAUGCUGGAGUCAUCGACAACUGCCAGCUAAGUGAUUGGCCAGUAAGGGAUAUGGACAAGGAGCGGCAUCUAAUCCUGGAUGCAGCAUUCGAUAUCUUCGAGCGAGCAAGUUAUGGCCAUGGAUGUGAGAUCCAGCCAAUUGUGGAUGAAAAGCACAAGAAACUCUGCUAUCUGGGUUAUGGAUCACCAGCUAGACUGCUUCCUCCGGCCAUCAAGAAGGUGAUUUCUGUGCCCUCGGAGAUGGCCUGCAAGAAGGAGUGCAUCCGCUUCAGGGAGACAACACCUUUCAAGUGCUUCGCUUUCAGCUUUGGAUCCCGUGACAGCUCCUUCAACUGUGAACUCUCCGACCUGGAUCAGACCGAGCUAAAGCAGGACGUGCACUAUGCACACACCAAGGAUCGCGAUUUCUGGCUCUUCGCCUGGAAUCCUUUCGAUUGGACUUGCAGGGACAAGGUCAACACUAUUGGCGGAUCAAGGGUCAACAAUGACCGACGAAUGGAUAUCUUCCGGGAACCGGGCGACUUGGCCUGGCGCCAUUACACCGUGUCCGGAAAACCCUGCCGCAGGAGCAGUCCAUGCGCCAAGAAUUUGAUAACGGGCUUCUACUCCUGCGAGACGGAUGCCUCCGAGGUGGGUUCAUGGGAUUACUGCUGCAAGGCGGACCAUCCGUGCGGAUAUAGCAAGGGCUUCGAUUAUCCCUGGUGCUUUGUGGGUGACGAGUCGGAUCAGUGGCGCAAGUGCAGCGAUCGGUAUUUCCCCGGCAAAAAUAGUACCCAGGUGACUCACUCCCAUCUGGGACUGCCCAGUGCUAAGGAGAAACAGAAGCAUCCACAUCAUUCGCAGCCUGCGACGGCGGCCAGUAGUGAAUAUAGCCAGCAUCCGCCUCGACCAGGAGGAUUGCAGAGCCUGAGUGACUUUGCCGCCGCUCGCCUGUGGCCCGUGACCUACCUGUACAGUGAAGGCCCGCCCAAUGCCACCGAAUUCAGCAAUUUCGUCGACUGCAACAAGGAGUCGUGCUAGUGGUGUGCUAACUUAGAUUAUGACUAGCCUAUUAAGAUAUACUUGUGUACAAUAGAGAACCCCCAAGAGAAAUCCAAAAACCCAAAACCACAAAUCCCAGACAGAUCUACUCGGACCGCGUGGACGUUGUCGUUGUGAUCAUCAUUGAGAUUGGAUACCAUUGUCGUCGGAAUCAAGCGAAACCAAUUAACUUAUUAACUUAACUUUCCAGAAUGUUGAAUGCAACCUUAAUGACAGCUUGCGUGCAGGCAUUCUUUCUACCUAUAAGCUGA